GAAGUUGUCUUGAAAAAUUGUAAGUUUAAUACAAAUAUCCUCCGGAAAAGUUCUGAGAAAAAUGACCCUUGUAUGCCUCUCCGGAAAUAAAACCUAGAUUCUAAUAUUUCCAAGAAGAUGAUAUAUCAGGUGGUUACAACAUCUGUGUUAUUCGUCGUCUUGUGUCUGCUAUUGAUCGGUCAGCAUCUGCUUUGGGGAGGAUCGGUCAAAUUCAGGGAACCAGUUCCCAAAUCUUACGAUGACUCGCUCAACCGGUUAGAAGUUUCAUGCACGAAUGUCAGCCAGGAAAUGACCAGGGGCCACUGGGUACAGAACAACUUUACAUUAGACCAGCUGCAAGAAAUAGAAGAUUUCCUCAGCAGAACCAGAGCGUAUCACAAGUUUCCGGCGGGUUUACAGCGAGAUGACAUGAAGUGUGGUGACGUCAACUUCCCAGGACUGUGGUGGGGUAGGGCCGUGUGCAACCCCAGCGGGUCAACGCCCUGUUGCUGGGAGAAGACCUGCGUGGCCAAGUCAGUAGAGCACUGUCGGUGUCCGCGCUGCUACGAUAUGAGGCAACAAAUCCACGCUGAGCUAGCGACAUGGGUCCCUGACAACCCCAGGUGUCAGGUGAAGCUGUUGUCCAGACAGGAAGUGUGUCUUCUCCUGGCCAACCUGACCAUCUACUUUGUUGGAGACUCUUUGAUGCGUCAGGUCGCCUUGUCGGUGCUGGGUCUCCUGAGGGAUGAUGUUCUCAUGGACAAUACGCCUCGAGACAUGCAAGCAAAGUGUGACCGCUACUACAUGUACUUCAGCGAAUGUUCCGGGGUGAUCCAGCGGGAUACCCACAACUGUGGGAGAAAGGUUCGGCUCAAGAUUGUGGAACUCUGGAGUGUCAGUCAGAUUGCGAACAUCCUAGAGGCCAUGGGGGAGCUGAGUGGCAAAAACAAUUCGCUCUUCGUCUUUGGUAUUGGGAUGCACGACGGGCUGGAUCACGAGCUUAUAUUGACUAAGGUUCUUAACCCAAUUUUUGAGCUGAUGUCAAUGUCACCUUGGCCUAAGGUCAUCUGGAUGACCCCACACGCCCCAGGACUGCUCAAAAGUGGACUCAAUACAGCGCAGCAGUCCGAUCAUAUGAAAUUCUACAACAGAGUCAUACGCGGAGUCAUGGAAAAACGGGGAGUUCCCGUGGUUGACUUUUUCAACCUGACUGAGGGGGUGAUGAGCUAUGACGGAACCCACUUCGGGAAAGGUCUCAAUGACGUCAAAGCUCACAUUUUUGUAAACUUUCUGUUGGAGAACCGGAAGUAUUUAGUAGACGACGUUUUAGACCAGCAGCAUUAGGUUUUACUGCUCGAUGUUAUAUGUAGUUGUUUUUUUUAUCAAAAUAAUAGAAAUAAAAAUAAUAGAAACAAUCGAAACAAUCAAA